AUGACGCAAAAGCGGUGCAGACGUUUAGAGAGACUGAUCGAUCACGAUAACGAUUCAAAACUGAGUUAUACGGAUAUAGAGAAUACACUUUCUUCAGUGGGAAUUGGAUUGGAUGAAGGAUUCACAACAGAAUUAUUAAACUCGCGUCCUGACAAAUCAAACAGCCAAGAGCUUACGUUUCCAGUGUUUCUGACUAUGUUCAAAGAAAAACUCGAUAAAAUGGACAAUAGCGGAGUGUUAGCCGAGAGCUUUGAAAGCUUCGAUGGGGAUUUCAAAGGCUAUUUAAAUGCAAAUGAGCUGCUGAGGGCGGUAGAGGAGUUCGGUGAUGUGGGUGAGCUUUCCAAGCUAAUUGAAUCAGGCACUUUCACCGAUAGAAUGGGUAAUUUCCAUUAUAGCAAGUGGAUAGAAUCAAUGAGCGUGAAUCAAUCAACUCAAUAG